AAGAGAGAGAGAGAGAGAGAGAGGGAGAGGGAGAGGGAGAGGGAGAGGGAGAGAAGGAGAGAGAGAAGGAGUGAUACUACAUGCCCUCUUUUCAAUGACCAGAUGUUUCUAGAGCAGAAUCAUGGACAACCCUUUGAGCCUCCGAAACCAGACGUGAGUGUCCCGCUGCAGAUGGACGUGGGCAUGUCCACUUCCCGUCCACUUCCUGCCCCUGGUGCCCGUGAUGUUUCCAGGUGAUGCUGUGCCAGGUGACGCUGUGCCAGAGCCAGUAGACGAGACCUUCGCUGGGAUCCUGAGCCGCUGGCGACAACAGUUUGCCGAGUUUCAACGUGCUUUGGGCGAAGCUUCGAGCCCAAGCGAGGUGGUGGAGACGUGGCCUUUGGAAGAUGAAAACCCCGAGGCCUUUGUCCAACGGAUCAAGCGCGAGCUAGGCAUCGAAAGCGGUCCGUUGGGAAGCUUCGAAGAGGGUCUCGAGCUGGGGUCCGGCCCUGGAGAGGAGGUGCCCUUGAGCUCCGCAGAGGUGUUGCGGCAGAUCCAGGCCAUGAGCAGGUCCUUUGAGGCCGAGGCAGUGCUCGACGACGACCGCAAGGCACCCGCUGCUGGCGCGAGAUUGGAGAAGGAAGCCAAGGCUGCUUUGGGACCCGAGGCGAAACCCGAUGACGGAAAGAUUGCGACUGAUGUGGUGGAGUUCGCACCUGCGGAGCCCCAACCACCGCGCGACGACAUCAUCGCAGGAGUCGGAUCCAACGAUGAGGCACUGCUCGGUAGGCUCUUGGCUUUGGAAGCAGAAGUGCUCAGGCUACAAGGCGAACGUUUCCCACAACCUGUCGAGUCUCCUGGCGGCAGGCAGCCAGAGAUGAGUGAAAGUCCCAGACGCCCCAGCCCGCAUGGCGAGGGCGAGCAGCGCCCGACAGAGUUGCCCAUGAGCUCCUUGGGCUUGAGCCUGCUGUCCAACAGCUCGUUGUUCGCCUCGGUCUCCGAUCCCGGUCUGUCUGAAGGUGGCAGAGAUUCUCCAAGCAAGGCGAGCAAGGAAGAGGCGGGCAAGACAGCAGAGAAGCAGGAGGUGGAGCUUGAAGCUGAAAGCAGGCGCCUUGGCGCCGAGGGCCAGACAGAUGAGGGAGCACUUCAAAACAGCACCGGACUCGCUGUCUUCGUCCCGUUUGUGACGUCCAAGAGGGACAGUGCUGUACAGGUCCCAGAUGGUGAGCUCGGUCAGGACAUCACCCAAGCAUCCGAGGUGCCCGUGGAGCCCAAGGAAGGAGGCCUUGCUGUGGAGUUGGAGUUGCCAGAAGCCAAGCCGGCGGCCGUUGGAACGGAGGCAGCUGCUGGAACGGAGGCGCAGGCGGAAGAGGCAUCAGGUGACCGGCCUCCAGAAGCAAAUGGAGAUCGCCCCAACGGAGCCAGCGUGCAGCCGGCAGAGCCGGUGAUCUCGCCAGGUCCUGUGGAGCCAGAGCCUUCGGCGAUGCCAGUGGUAGAGGCGAGCACGGAGAACGCAGUCCAGGCUGGUUCUGGACCCUUGCCCAGCAAGACGGCGGGACCACCUGAAGCAUCAGCGUCAGGGCCGAGGACGCCCUUGUCUCCACCCAGACUUCAGGCCCAGUGGCCCGAUGGCCCGCGCGGCCUGAGCGGUCCGCUGCGGAAGAGCCCUGUGACCAAGCGGGGUCAUUGGAGAGCGUCACGAGGAACAUCCUGGUGGAAUCAGAAGACGGGUUCUGCUGCCUCACACUGUGGCCACCGUCCUAAAGGUCCUUCAGCGGCACACCGCUGGCCCGAGCUGAGGCCAUCCGCGCCUCCGCCGCCGCCGCCGAUGAGAAGCGCAAGGGAGAACGUCUAUCCUCUUGACGGCUAUGCAAACGAAAAUCCACACUUCAACGGCUGUGGAAUUCUGGCACCUCCAGCAUGGAAUUCUGCAGGAUGGCGCCCAAAUGAUGGGGAAGACGAUCAGGGUCGUUUUCUGGGGGGGUUCCGGGCGGUUGAAGAGAUUUGGUGUGGACAUGGUCAGAUGGUUGGAGUGGACGGACGUUGGGAAGUGAAGGUUCGGUGAUGUCUUCUUGCCAUGUCGCUUGUACCUAUGGUUACAGUCACCGUAGUACCUCGAUAUGUGCCAAGAGUUGUUGACGAUGUCAAAACAUGAGCCGAAUUCUGCUUCAAAUCGGUUCUCAGUAAAACCACAACGUUUCUCAUCCUGGUUAGUCUUAUUAUAGUUAUGUUUUGUAUAGAUAUGCACACUUGGGUCUCAUGUACAAGCCAGACAACAAAGCCGAACUUUGAAACCUUGGUGCAGGGAGUCCAGCGAUUGGUGUCUAUAUACUAAAUGUGUACAACGAUUUGCUUUGAUUUGCUGUGAGCUCAUGCUUCACCUGUAAAGCUAAAUGAUUAGAUGACUUAACAAAACAGAGUGCUCCUAAGCAAAAGGUGCCUUCCCGGUCCCAGGUGUUUCAGAUUCUACGCCUUUGACCCAAAUUGGGUUGUUUCCACUGGUGUUUCGCAUGUCUCAAACGAACCAAUGGGUUCUUCAUUGGCGGUUCUUUCCUUUUCUGUUUGACUGCUUUCUGGGGGUUCGUCUUGCGAUGUGAUUUCGGAACUGGGACGGCAGGUUGAACGAGUGCGAUUCACAUGACCCAUGUUCCAGGCACUGGGUAUUUGGGUCCCGUGUUCUUUUCCAUAUAC